UCCGGGGGUCUCUGCGGACCCCUCUGGGGGGCCGGGGGGGGAGGGCGGUGGGCCCGCCCCGUGUCACGUGACACGGGCCAACAUGGCGGCGCCCAUGGGACCGGAAGCGGAAGUGGCUAAGCAGAGGCACGGCUGCCACGGCGCCGGGGCCCGGGGGCCCCCCUGAGCCCCCUCCCCACCAUGCUCCUGCUGCCCUGCUCUGCCCUCGCCCUCCUCCUGCUCAGCUGCCUGGCCCUGGAGCCGCCCCCGCGCCGCCCGCCGCCCUCCAACCCCGCGUUCCGCGGCUUCCAGCGGCGCUUCCUGCUGGGAUACCUGCCGGCGCUGGCGGCCGACUGGCUGCAGGGCCCGCUGCUCUUCCAGCUGCUGCACGGCCGCGGCUUCCUGCGCAGCCAGAUCGCCGCCCUCUACUCCUGCGGCUUCGCCUCCAACGUGGCCUUCGGCCUCGUCGCCGGGCUCUUCGUGGACCGCCUGGGCCGCAAGAAGUCCUGCGUGCUGUCCUCGGGGCUGUGCUCGGCGUGCUGCCUGCUGCAGCUCUCCCACGACUUCCUGGCGCUGGCAGCCGCCCGGGUGCUGGCGGGGCUCGGCACCUCGCUGCUCUUCUCCGCCUUCGAGUCCUGGUACGUGCACGAGCACCUGGAGCGCCACGACUUCCCGGCCGAGUGGAUUGCCGACACCUUCUCCCGCGUGGCGCUCUGCAGCGGCGGCCUGGCCGUGGCGGCCGGCCUGCUGGCCCAGCUGCUGGCCCAGGGGCUGGCGCUGGGCCCCGUGGCCCCCUUCCUGGCGGCGCUGCCCUUCCUGGCUCUCUCGGGGAUCUUCGCCGGGAAAAACUGGGAUGAGAACUACGGGAAGAGCCGGCCCUGCGGCAAGGCCUGCGGGGAGGGCCUGCGGGGCCUCGCCUCCGAGCCCCGGGCGCUGCUGCUGGGGCUGGUGCAGGCCCUGGUGGAGAGCAUCCUGCUCCUCUUCGCCUUCCUGUGGACGCCCGUCCUGGAGCCGCACGGGAUCCCGCUGGGAAUCGCCUUCUCGGGGUUCACGGCCGCCGGCGCCGCGGGCUCGGCGCUGUUCCGGCGCGGCGUCGCCGGGAGGCUGCGGCUGCAGCCGCUGCGGCUGCUGCCCGGCUCCGUGCUGCUGCUGGCGCUGGCCCUGCUGCUCCUGGCCCUGCCGCUGGACGCCGCCGGCGACUUCCUGGCCGUGCUGCUGCUGCAGCUCUCCUGCGGCAUCUGCUUCCCGGCCAUGGCGUUCCUGCGGCGGCGGCUGGAGCGCGGCGGGGACGCGGCGGGGGCGGCGCGGUGGCUGCGGCUGCCCCUGGGCCUGGCGGUGGCGCUGGCGCUGCCCGCCCUGCCCGGGGACCCCGCGGGGACACGGGCCGUGUUCGGGGCCGCCGCCCUGGCCGCGCUGGUGGCGCUCGGGGCAGCCGGGGGCGUCCUGGGCACCGGCCGUGGGGACGAGGGGCUGAGGGUGGGGGACGAGGGGCUGCUCGAGGGGGACACUGGGGAGUGACACUGGGACGGGGACAGUGGGACAGCUCAGCAGCGACACCUGGCUGUGGUGGGGACCCUGGGACAGUGUGAGGGGGUCACCAAGGUGUGACAGGAGCACUGGGCUGGGACAGGGACACUGGGACAGCUCACUGGGGACACCAGGGUGGGACAGGGACACUGGGACAGGGACACCGGGACAGCUCGAUGGGGACACCAGGGUGGGACAGGGACACUGGGACAGCUCAGUGGGGACACCGGGGUGGGACAGGGACAGGGACACCGGGACAGCUCGAUGGGGACACUGGGAUGGGACAGGGACACUGGGACAGGGACACCGGGACAGCUCGAUGGGGACACCAGGGUGGGACAGGGACAGGGACACCGGGACAGCUCGAUGGGGACACCAGGGUGGGACAGGGACAGGGACACCGGGACAGCUCAGUGGGGACACCGGGGUGGGACAGGGACAGGGACACCGGGACAGCUCGAUGGGGACACUGGGAUGGGACAGGGACAAGGGCACUGGGACAGCUCAGUGGGGACACUGGGACAGUGUGAAGAUGUCACCAAGGUGUGACAGGAACCCUGGGACAGCUCGAUGGAGACACUGGGGAGGGACAGGGACACUGGGACAGCUCCAUGGGGACACCGGGGUGGGACAGGGACACUGGGACAGCUCAGUGGGGACCCUGGGACAGUGUGAGGGGGUCACCAAGGUGUGACAGGAGCAUUGGGCUGGGACAGCUCGAUGGAGACACUGGGGAGGGACAGGGACACUGGGACAGCUCAGUGGGGACACUGGGGUGGGACAGGGACACUGGGACAGCUUGACAAGGACAUAAGGGUGUAAUGGGGACAGCAGGUGUGACAGGGACACCGGGACAGCUCCAUGGGGACACUGGGGUGUGAUAGGAAUGGGGACACUGGGCUGGGACAGGGACACUGGGACAGCUCCAUGGGGACACUGGGGUGGGACAGGGACACCAGGACAGUUUGAGGGGGUCACCAGUAUGUGUCAGGAACACUGGGCUGGGACAGGGACACUGGGACAGCUCCAUGGGGACAUUGGGGUGUGAUAGGAAUGGGGACACUGGGCUGGGACAGGGACACUGGGACAGCUCCAUGGGGACAUUGGGGUGUGAUAGGAAUGGGGACACUGGGCUGGGACAGGGACACUGGGACAGCUCCAUGGGGACACUGGGGUGUGAUAGGAAUGGGGACACUGUGGUGGGACAGGGACAGCAGGACAGCUCACGGUUUGACAGGGACACAGAUGUGACAAGGAAGGAGGGACACUGGGAUGUCACAGUGACAGGAGCACCAGGACAGCUCUAUGGGGACACCAGGGACACUGGGAUUUGGCAGGGACAAGGACAGUAACACCUGGCUGGGACAGGGAUGUCAGAGUGACAGGAACACUGGGACAGCUCAGCAGGGACACCAGAGUGACAGGGUCAGGGACACAGGAAGAGCCCAUGGGGUGACCAGGCAGUGAUGGGGUCACAGUGUGACCUCUGUGCUGAGCUGUGAGUGACAGAAACACUGAGACACCCGUGGGGACACUGAGCGCCGAGGGGCCACAGUGCCACCAUGGACUGUGGGUGACAAUGACACUGAACUGCAGUGGGUCACAGUGCCACCCCACGAUGGGCUGUGGGUGACAGUGACACCCCUUGAGGACACUGAACUGCAGUAGGCCACAGUGCCACGAUGGGCUGUGGGUGACAAUGACACUGGGACACCUGAUCAUGACAAGGAACUGUGACAGUCCCAGUGUCACCCCAUGGCUGAGCUGGGUGACAUUGGGACACCCACUGGUGAUAUUAAGCUGUGACAGGUCACAGUGUCACCUCCAUGAUGAAACGUCGGUGACAGUGACACUGGGACACCCCGCUGGUGACACAGAGCUCUGCUGGUGACCCGUCACCAGUGCCACCCCCACAGCGAGCUGUGGGUGGCAACAUGGGGGCAGCCCGAGGUGACACUGAGUGGGACAGAUCAGGGUGUCACCCCCAUAACGAGGUGGUGGGGACACCGGUACACCCCCGGGGCUGUGCCAGGUCACAGUGCCACCUCCCCCACGGCACAGCAGAGGGGACACGGGGACACCAGGCCAGGUGUGGCCUGUGGCCGACCCCGUGUGGUGUCAUGGGGGUGGGGAGGUGUAUUAAUUACUUAAUUAAUUUCUAAUAAACCCACCCAGUAGAGGUG